AUGGCUCUAGACGCGCCUGUUUCCUCGACCAAACCCGCUCACUUUGCCACUUUAUAUGACGACGCUACGACAAAAGGAAACUUUGACCUCAUUCGCAUUCGUACGACAGACCAACUCCUCCACGAUCCGCUCGCACAAACCAUCUUGAACAUCACAACAAAUUCAGAAGAAGCUCUUCAUAAAGGCGAGAUAAGCUACACCGACAUUCUCGUGGAUCGAGUACGCAAGCGUGUAUCAGAAUCAGCUGGGAAGGAACAUGAGCUAUUGUCGCAAAUACUACACAUUGGCUUUGCAGCGCUAUUCUAUUUUCUACAGUCCAAUGUCACCGGUCCACCGUUAGAGUUUGACUCGGCGACAGUCGUGUUCGGGGAAACAAUCGCAGGUAACAGGGAGACUCUAAACUCAAUACGACGGAGGAUGUUGAGAGAUUUGUCUAUGGAUGGAGAAGCCGUCUACCCGCUUACGCCGAAUAUUGAAUUAUUCUGUAUUGCUAAAGCUAUACUGGUUGAGGCGGAUGUACUGGUGACUGGUGACGCGCCUCUUGUUGCAUGGACGGGUCGUAUGAGGGUGAAUUUCUUGCAUCAGAAGAUGCUUAGCGAGAUUUCGGGUACACUACAGAAGUCCAUCUAUGACGACCUUGACAGAAUCAGUACAACUGUUCUGGCCGAAGGCUCAAAUUCAAAUGGUAAAUUGCAGACUGCAUUUUUACUCGAGCGAGCAGCGAUACAUACACAUCACGGAUUCGAUGCGAAAGCCCGAUCUGAUCUUGACAAAGCAGCCGUGGCAUCUGGGUUCGAAUAUGCUCUUACUGGAAAGUUGGGAAAGAGGACAAAGUUUCAGGAUAGAGAUAUCACUCAGCUCGUCGUCUUGGCCGUGAGCUCAGAAAUGGACCCAGCAUCAGACACGGCAGCAUCAAAGCAAGUAUCAGAGACUUCCGCGCCUAAAGCUCUCGAUUUGAAUGAUGACACUUUGCUCGAGACGAUUGCAUUUGCAAAGGAAGGAGCGCAACCCGAAAAGUCGACUACUGUCCAGGAUGAGUCUUCUCUACCCCCUGCACUUGCGUCAAUCGAUCCUUCGAACCAGCCGAAACUGAACCCUCUCGACUCUGCCAUACUACUCGGUAUGGCUUCAGCUAUUACAAACAACUCGCCCGAGCAUGGAUUGACUCGUGAGGAAACACUACCAUAUGCAGUGCGUGUUAUCGAAAGCGGUAGUAGCAACUGGCAAAUAUAUACCCAGGCUCUCCUCGUCCGUAGCCGAUGCGAGGCUUUCAAAUCACGUACCGUUGAAAGAGGAGUUCUACAAAUGCAAGCCUUAGUCGACCAGGUCAUCGCUGAUACCGCCACCAGCAACGCAGCGGUAGUCACCACCCACACAGUUACCAACGACCAACAAGAACAGCCAACGACAUUCUUGCCUCGACCUCAAGAAUCAGAGUCUGCGCCAGCCGAGGAACGGUUAGAGUAUCUAUGGAUACUUGAUUUCCAGACAAGAUGGAAUCUUGAAGCGGAGCUUGCGCAGAAAUGGGUUAGUCUAGGUGGUCUCAGGACAGCUCUUGACAUUUAUGAGAGACUGGAAAUGUGGGCUGAGGUUGCGCUAUGCUAUGCAGCAACUGAGAGGGAAGAGAAAGCCAAGGCGAUUGUUCGCCGUCAGUUGUACGAACCCACGAAUGCGGAUGCGGUUGACGAUGAUAAUGAGCGGUAUGAGGGACCUGAAUUGGCACAGUUGCCAACAGAUGCGCCACGUUUAUUCUGCAUCCUAGGUGAUAUCGAUUCUGAACCGACUAUGUAUGAACGAGCAUGGGAGGUUUCUGGCCAACGAUAUGCACGAGCGCAACGCUCUCUUGCAAGGUUAUAUCUCAAAGCCCAGCCACCUGCUUAUGAGAAGGCAGAGGAAGCAUACAAGAAAAGUUUGAAAAUAAACCCUCAAAAUCAUAGCGCAUGGUUUGCGCUUGGCUGUGUGCAAUUGAAUCGUGAGCAAUGGUUUGAAGCUGUUGAGUCAUUCACUCGCACCGUGCAGAUCGAACAAGAUGAUGCUGAGGCCUGGAGUAACCUUGCAGCUGCGCUUUUGAACAUCCCUUCCAACAAAAACAAACCUUCAGUCGACGCAAAUGCAGAUACUACAUUAUCCGAAGAAAAUAAGGAUAUAGAAGACGCCGAUGGUGAACGGUAUGAAGAAGAUCCAUACAAACACACACGCGACGCCCUCACGGCUCUUCAUCAUGCCGCUCGUCUCAAACAGACCGAUCACCGCAUCUGGGACAACAUUAUCACAGUUGGCACCUCGCUACCUCCUCAAUCGAUACCGUACAAAGACAUUGUCUUUGCGCAACGAAAAGUCAUUGAACUCCGGUCACCAAAGAAAGGCGAAAAAGCCAUCGACCUAACUGUCCUAGACAUGUUGGUGGAACAUCUCAUCGACAACUACGAUUACGACAACCUUCUCAUAAAUGUCGACGGCACGGAUCAGAAGAUUGUUCGUUCCGGUACAGUGGCCGGUCAGAUUAUGACUCUGGUCGAUGACGUUGUAGUCCCCUUGAUCACUCACUCCGCUCCGCUCUGGCUUCUUGUCGCGAAGAUAGAGCUGUGGCGUCAUCGACCUAGCAAAGCAUUUGCAGCGCAUGAAAAGGCCUGGCGUGCUACGGUCUCUACGUGUACUCAAGGCGCAUUUCAGAUGGGUGAUGAGAAGAGGUGGAAUCAGAUUGUCAAGGCCACUGAGCGUCUUGUGAGAGAUGGAUAUGCGAAGAUAGGCGGUAUGACGAAGGAGAGGGCAGAUGGAAGUAUACCGGAAGGUGAGGAGGGUGGUGAAGAAGAACUAGUUGCGAAAGAUUGGAGGUUCAAGAGUAAGAGUGCGGUGAGGGGAAUACUGGGCAAGGGCAAGGAUUGGGAGGGUACCGAAGGGUAUACACAGCUCAAGGAGCUGCUAACAGAAGUCGAUGGCUAG